UUUCUGGUUUUAAGACAUGGUCGUUAAACCCCCUCUCUAUAAAAACCCUAAUUUGAGUCUCCACAUGUGAAAACCCCAUUUCACUCUGUUCAAUCCAAUGACGAAAGUAUCCGGCACCGGUGUCUACGAUUUCCGGCGACACCGGGUGGCUGAAUACCCGGUUUACGGGGAGGCGCCUCCUGUGCCCGAAAAGCCGACUGAAUCCAGACCACUAUCCAAUGUGCCCAGCUCUAUUACCCUAAGCGAGAUUCAGAGAGACCGUCUCACCAGAAUUGCAGCCGAAAAUUGGAUGAAAACCGCAGAUUCAGCCCCAACGAAGCCCUUCAGCCCGGACCUUGCCAAAGAAAUUUACUCCACGGAGUUGACCGUUAAAGGGGGGAGAAAGCCAGUGCCGCUGCAGAGGGUAAUGAUACUGGAAGUGAGCCAGUACUUAGAGAAUUACCUAUUGCCAAACUUCAAUCCAGAGACUGCUUCAUUUGAGCAUGUGAUGUCAAUGAUACUCAUGGUCAAUGAGAAGUUCCGGGAGAACGUCGCUGCAUGGAUAUGCUUUUAUGACAGGAAGGAUAUGUUUAAAUCAUUUCUUGAGAGGGUACUCCGUCUUAAAGAGGGAAGAAGCCUGACUCUUUCAGAAAAGACGAAUUAUCUACUCUUCAUGAUCAAUGCCUUUCAGAGCUUGGAGGAUGAAGUAGUGAGUGAAAGGAUUAUGCGAUUAGCGAGCCUGGAGUGCUGGCAUAGCCUAUCGUAUGGACGUUUUCAGAUGGAACUUUGCCUUAAUGAAAAUCUGAUAAAAAAGUGGAGAAGAAUUGCAAAACGAGCAAGGGAUGGAACUAAACAAGGGGGGAAUUUUGAUCCCACAACCAUGUUGGAAGCGAACUUUUUGAGAAAUCUCAUUGAGGAAUUUUUGGAGGUGCUUGAUUCUGAGGUUUUCUCUUCCAUUUCCAACGAGGAAAAUGAUCCUGUUGCUCAUGGUUCUGAGUAUGUGAAUGAUGCCUGUGUCCUCUAUUGUGAAAGGUUUAUGGAAUUCCUUAUUGACCUCUUGAGCCAACUGCCUACCAGGAGAUUAGUGCGACCUCUUGUUGCUGAUGUUGCAGUAGUUGCCAAAUGUCAUUUAAGUUCUCUGUAUAGCCAUGAGAAAGGGAAGCUUUUUGGACAGUUGGUUGACUUGCUCCAGUUCUAUGAAGGAUUUGAGAUUAACGAUCAUCAGGGUAGACAAAUGACUGACGAUGAGGUGCUUCAAGCUCAUUAUAAGCGCCUUCAGGCUUUUCAGCUGCUUGCAUUUAAAAAAGUUCCGAAGUUACGAGAACUUGCAUUGGCUAACAUUGGUGCAAUCAACAAGCGUGCUGACCUUGCCAAAAAGCUUUCAGUACUUUCUGCUGAGGAGUUAAGGGAUUUAGUAUGUGCUAAGCUCAAACUGGUAUCAAAGGAUGAUCCUUGGUCAGAAAGAGUUGACUUCCUUAUAGAAGUUAUGGUUUCAUUUUUUGAGAAACAACAGUCACAGAAAGAAGCGAUCAAUGCUCUUCCACUAUACCCCAAUGAGCAAAUAAUGUGGGAUGAAAGCCUUGUACCAAGUAUCAACUACUCUGGUGAAGGGUGUCUGGCACUUCCAAAGCUAAAUUUACAGUUUUUAACACUUCAUGAUUACCUUCUUAGAAAUUUCAACCUCUUCCGCCUUGAAUCAACUUAUGAAAUCAGAGAGGAUAUUCAAGAAGCUGUGCCACAUCUUCUCUCAUAUACAAAUAAUGAAGGAGAAACUGCUUUUCGUGGUUGGUCAAGAAUGGGAGUGCCGAUUAAAGAAUUCAGGAUAAGAGAUGUCAAGCAGCCAAAAAUUGGGGAAGUGAAGCCUUCUGCAGUGACAGCUGAAGUUACUUUUAGCUUUUCGAGCUAUAAAGCACAAAUAAGAUCUGAAUGGAAUUCUCUUAAGGAGCAUGAUGUCCUUUUUUUACUCUCUAUUCGGCAUUCUUUUGAGCCUCUGAGUGCCGAAGAGGCAGAAAAGGCAACUGUUCCACAGAAACUUGGUCUUCAGUAUGUGCGCGGGUGUGAGAUCAUUGAAAUGCGUGAUGAGGAGGGAACUCUCAUGAAUGAUUUCACAGGGAGGGUCAAGCGUGAUGAAUGGAAGCCUCCCAAAGGAGAACUGAGAACUGUGACUGUUGCACUAGAUACUGCACAGUAUCAUAUGGAUGUUUGUGACAUAGCAGAGAAGGGUGCAGAUGAUGUCUAUAGCACAUUUAACAUAUUGAUGAGGCGGAAACCUAAGGAGAACAACUUUAAAGCAAUUUUGGAAUCCAUAAGGGAUCUGAUGAAUGAAACAUGUAUUGUUCCUGAUUGGUUACAUGACAUAUUUUUGGGUUAUGGUGAUCCUUCUGCUGCCCAAUGGAUCAAUAGGCCAGAUCUCCUUGAAAAUGCUGAUUUCAAAGACACGUUCCUUGAUGCUAAUCAUGUCAAAGAUAGCUUUCCGAACUAUCAGGUUCACUUUGUACAUUCAGAUGGCACGGACAAUUCUGAUCCAUGUCCUCCAUUUCGUAUUAAGUUCCCCAAGAAUCCUGACGGCGCAGUACAUUUUCAACCUGGAAAUGCUGCAUCUACAACAUCCUCAAACAAUUCCGAUGCUAUGGAAGAUGAUCAUUCUGAUAAACUGGAACUUGUAGUUGAGUCUUAUGUUCCUCCUGAUCCAGGACCAUAUCCCCAAGAUCAACCAAAGCUGAACUCUGUCAGAUUUACUCCUACCCAGGUUGGAGCUAUCAUUUCAGGCAUUCAACCUGGUUUAACUAUGGUUGUUGGUCCACCUGGUACUGGAAAGACAGAUACAGCUGUGCAGAUUUUGAAUGUUCUAUACCACAAUUGUCCUUCUCAGAGAACUUUGAUAAUUACUCAUUCAAACCAGGCUUUAAAUGAUCUUUUUGAAAAGAUAAUGGAGAGAGAUGUCCCAGCCCGAUAUCUACUUCGACUUGGUCAAGGUGAGCAAGAAUUGGCUACUGACCUUGAUUUCAGCCGCCAAGGCCGUGUGAAUGCCAUGCUCGUUCGGCGGUUGGAACUCCUUAGUGAAGUGGAGCGCCUGGCGAGGUCUCUGCAACUGCCUGAAGAUGUAGCUUAUACUUGUGAAACAGCUGGUUUUUUCUGGUUGCUUCAUGUGUAUUCGCGCUGGGAACUCUUUUUGGCUGCUUGUGCUGACAAUAAGGAUAAGCCAACGUUUAUUCAAGACCGUUUUCCUUUCAAGGAGUUCUUUAUUGACACUCCAAAUCCAAUUUUCUCGGGCCAGUCUUUUGAGAAAGAUAUGCGGGCUGCUAAGGGUUGCUUCCGUCACCUGAAAACUAUGUUUCAGGAGCUUGAAGAGUGCCGGGCAUUUGAGUUACUGAAGUCAACAGUUGAUAGAUCAAAUUAUCUUAUGACCAAGCAAGCAAAAAUAGUAGCCAUGACAUGCACCCAUGCAGCUCUUAAAAGGAAAGAUUUUCUGAAUUUGGGCUUUAAAUAUGAUAACUUGCUAAUGGAAGAAAGUGCUCAAAUUUUGGAAAUAGAGACUUUCAUCCCAAUGUUGCUCCAAAGGCAGGAAGACGGUUAUGCUCGUCUUAAACGCUGUAUAUUGAUUGGUGACCAUCACCAGCUACCCCCUGUCGUGAAAAAUAUGGCUUUUCAGAAGUACAGCCAUAUGGAUCAAAGUCUUUUCACAAGAUUUGUCCGUCUGGGAAUUCCCUACAUUGAGCUCAACGCCCAGGGAAGAGCUAGACCUAGUUUAGCUCAACUUUACAAUUGGAGAUAUAAAGAUCUUGGAGAUCUUCCAUAUGUGAGAGAGAAUCAUAUCUUCCGCAGGGCGAAUGCUGGAUUCUCCUUUGACUAUCAGUUGGUGGACGUUCCUGAUUACCAUGGGAGAGGUGAGUCUGCUCCUUCUCCCUGGUUCUAUCAAAAUGAAGGAGAGGCAGAGUAUGUUGUUAGUGUGUAUAUAUACAUGCGUUUGCUUGGGUAUCCAGCCAACAAGAUAUCCAUACUGACAACAUACAAUGGUCAGAAACUUUUAAUUCGUGACGUGAUCAGCCGUAGAUGUGUCCCAUACGACUUCAUUGGUCCACCCCACAAGGUAACAACUGUUGACAAGUUUCAAGGGCAGCAGAAUGAUUUUGUCUUACUAUCUCUCGUGCGCACUCGUUUUGUGGGUCACCUUCGUGAUGUAAGAAGAUUGAUAGUGGCAAUGUCUCGUGCAAGAUUGGGACUUUAUGUUUUCUGCCGCCGUUCUCUUUUCGAACAGUGUUAUGAGCUCCAACCAACAUUUCAACUUCUGCUUCAGAGGCCUGACCAUCUUGGUCUGAAUUUACAAGAGUUUACAGCAUUUACAGAUCGUCAUGUUGAUGACACAGGAUCUGUCCAACUUAUUAGCGGACCGGAUGAGAUGGCUGACUUGGUGAAUUACAGGAUGCACGAGGUCUACCAGUCACGGGUUGCGAGCUAUCAUUUGAAUGAGUCUUGGUCUGAACAUGAUAAUUCCGUAGAAAAUAGCACGGCAAAUCCAAACACCUCUACUGGUACAGAUGAUGUUGAGAUGAAUGGUGAUGACGUAGAAAUGCAGGCUACAGUGAAUGUUGAUGUCACGGAUAUGCCAACCGACGACGGUAAGCCAAAUGAUUCAACCUGAACAGGCUUUUCUCCAAAAGAGGAUAAUCCGUCCAAUCGCAGAAUGACACACUAUAAUAGACCCCGACAGACACUCGGAGAUUUGAAAGUUGAAACCAUGGAAAGUUAAACCAUGGUUCCAAGAAUGUGCCUUCACCCUCAAAUUUCCUCUACCGUCUUGAGCGCCAUAUCAUGCUAACGACUACUUUGAAUCAAGGUUUGUAUGACAAUUUUAUGGAAUCGGCUGCUAAUAUUUAAAUAGUUGAAAUUUUUUAUUUUCUACUCGGAUUUUGGUAAAAAAGUCAUACCAUUUUGAUAUGUAAUCAAUGUCACAACUAUUUGUAUGAUUGUAUCUGCUGACUAUCUCUAGAGAAAGAAGUGAAAGAUUAACAAAUUUUACUUGAAAGCUUUA